AUGGUUUCGCUCCAGGGAAAGCGCGCUCUCGUUACCGGUGGAUCUCGUGGUGUUGACUUCGGCAUGCGUACUGGAAUCCGCGGAUGGCUUCGACCGAGUGAGCCUCUGCACGAGCUGACAUCAGGCGCUGCCGUCAGCAAGAUCCUGGCCGACCGCGGAGCCAAGGUCGCGAUCAACUACAGCUCGAACAAGGACCGUGCCGAGCAGACGCGCGACUCGCUCGCUGGAUCGGGCCACGUUAUCAUUCCCGGAGACGCGUUCAGCCAUGAGGGCGUCAACAAGAUCGCGGCUGAGGCUAUCAAGGGUCUCGGCGGGCUCGACAUUGUCGUGUCCAACGUCGGAUGGACGCAGUUUGCCAACUUUAACGACAUCGACGCUGUUUCCGACGAGGACUGGAACAAGUGCUUCACGACGAACGUUAUGGCGCACCUGUGGCUGAUGCAGGCGGUCAAGGAGGAGCUGAAGAAGAACAACGGCGCUUUCGUCAUCUCGGCUUCGGUCGCCGGUCUGCGUCCGGGAGGUAGCAGCAUGGUGAGUGACUUCGGCGUCGGGCAUCGUCGAAGGGGCAGGAGUACCUCAUCUCCUUCGCACUCCUCGGUUUCCCAAAGCGCGCUAGUGGCAGCCACAAGGGUCAUGGCAUUCACACCGAGACGCCUCAACGACCCGCGGAGGCGUACUCCGUGUGACCACUACGACGCAUCGAACGACAGGAUCAGUGCUAAUGUCCAGGCGUACUCGGUGACGAAGGCUGGUUCGGUGCAGCUCACCCGCUCGCUCGCCAAGGCGUGCGCGCCCGAGGUGCGCGUGAACGCGGUCGCGGCCGGUGUCAUGGAGACGGAGUGGAGCCAGGGCUUCUCGCCGGCUAAGUUUGAGCAGGCCAAGAAGAAGGCGGCGCUCAACAAGAUCUCGGACGUCGAGGACGUCGCGAAGACCUACGUCGACCUCAUUGAGAACGGAUCCAUGACCGGACAGAUCAUCGAGGUCUCUUGCGGCCUUGGAUUGGCCUAA